CGUGACCUUCAAUAAGACAAAUUAAUGGAAACCUCAUUACGGCGAAGUUCAAGACCUGUUAAGAAGAAGAAAUUCUUUCAGGAUGAAAUGUUGGACAUUUAUUCCUACAGUAAAAAAGAUGACACAAAUUCAUUACAAUCCGCCAAUGAUGUUCAUUUGUCUACGUCGUCAUAUUCAUCCAAUAUCGAUCAGAAUAUAGGGCAAGAUUCUAAUAAAGGCGCAAAGUCUAAGGAUGAAGAGAAGAAUAGUGGGACUACUACAUCCGUGGCAUACCAUGAGAAAGCUUCUAUCAAUCCAAAUUCGUCGUUGAUAGAUGGUGACAUUUCGUACGAAAAAUCUAAUUUCGUAAAUCCCAUGUCCUCCGCAUCAACGAGUCGAUUGUCGGAAUCUCGGCAGGCUUCUAGAACUUCUUUCCACCAAAGGCAAGGAUCUUCAAAAUUCUCGAAAUCUUCUUCUGGCAACAUUAACUCGCUCAAGAGAAAGAUGAAGAACCAAAAAAAUAAAAUGGCCGAUACCAACGCGAGAAUAGGCACUAAUAACAGUGUCGUCAAAAAAUCGAAUAAUUUUAGUAGAACUUCGUCGAAUUUGCCUAAAUAUUUUAAUAGCAAUAAUACUACAGGUAUAAUGACCGACCAAUUCGGAAAAUGGAAACCUGUGGACGACAUCAAGCUAAUCAUUAACACCAUCCAGUCCAACGAUCUAAGGAGGGUCAAACAAUGCGUGACAUUCACUUGCAACUUUUCCCUUAAAGAGAUCGAAGAAAGAUGGUAUAGAUUACUCUACGACCCCAUAUUAUCUUCUCUAGCUAAAAAGGCUAUCAAACAGCAGCUAAACAAGCCCGAGAUAUUGGCGGCGUCUUAUCGAAACGCUUUAUUCAGCCAGGAGGAAGAAAGCAUCCUGUCUACUAUAAUAUCGAAUAGGCAUCAUACCCUCGAUCAAUUUGAACAAAUUCUGCGCCAAUAUCCUUCCAUAUUUUUGCCCACGCGUACGGCUAAAGAUUUACAGGAUCAUUGGCUUUCCAUGAAGCACCACGUUUUAUUACCCGAUCAGAUAGUGAAUUCAUCGUCCAAAUGGAAUAAUCCUUUCACUGGUAGCCACACUACUUGCUCGCCCAAUUUACAAUUUUCGGAUAUGGAAAAUUUACUCUUGAUAUCGAACGAAUCAAACGAUCCUUCAUGCAAAAGUGCUACCCCGCAUCAUUCAUCCAUCCACGAUGCCGUCCCAGAACAACCGCACUCCUCCGAAAGCAAGAAAUCGACUACUCCCUCUGAUAAUAUCCAAAAAAUUCGAGAUUACUACCCUUAUUUCGCGAAAAAAUCCAUGUUCGACAAGGAGUACGAUCUCGACGUAGUACACAGGUUUCAGAAAAUAGACCGAUUGGAGAACGAGUUGCCCAUGUGGCAAUCCAUCAUCGACAAAGAAAUCGGCUCGAACGCCGAAUUCGAUGAUUGCACUUUCGCCGUAUUGCAAGGAAGAGCCGUCAAAUUUUUGAUCAAAUCCAGAGAGGUCAGUUUCGGACGGUUCUGUAAUAAUUUCGCAUCCGCUAAACCCAUAGAUAUUGAUUUAACGCUGGAAGGACCUUGUCGUAAGGUUUCCCGUUUGCAAGGCCAUUUCAAACUUAAAGCUUCCUCCCUCAUAGCGCCAUCCUCCUCGAACAACAAUAAUCUCAGCGCGUUAUCUCACGAAUUUUACAUAACUAACGAAGGCCACAGACCUUUUUUCCUGGAAGGUAAACCCAUACUGCCCGGUCACGCUACCAAGUGUCGCGACAAAUCACUCAUCGAGAUAUCCUACCUACAGUUCACAUUUUUUGUCAACCAUCGGCUUAUCAAUCAACUCAAGCAACUACCAGCACUCAUCUGAAGAUAUUUAUUUACUAUUAUUUUUAAAAAAAAAUGCUAAAAAAAGGAAGAAUAUCUUUGUUAUUAUUAUUAUUUUUUAGCAUAUUUAUCAUUGCAUUGGAAGUCUAUACUGAAUAUGUUAAAGCAAAACUUGUAAGCGUUGUAUUCGAUAUAUUGUAAAUUAUUUGU